UUGAUUACAGUAGUUUCAUUUUCUUUUUCUUUCUCUUUCUCUCUCCAAACCCAAAAAUGCGUGCACUACUAUUACUGUCGCCGUCUUCUCCGGUACUAGAACCGUCGGUGAAAGAAGAUACAAUUACUACUCCAGUAGUUACAUGUGAUUCCCAAACUUGUCCAUGGAAGCCAUACUCAAAUUCCAAGGAUUUCCAAAAAGACGCCUGGCUCAUAUUCGCCAUCCUCUUCUUCCUCCUCUUUCUCGCCAUCACUCUUAACGCCGCCGUCCGCUGUAUAAUCCGUCGAAGAAGAAGAAGAAGACAGCCCCAACCUGUCGACUCUUCUGACGACAUGUCGCCGACCAAACCGCCGCCGACGUCCGACGCAAUCGAAAUAAAAGGAGAGGUGGUUUUGUUUUCAUCAUCAUCAUCAUCAGCUAUUAUUAAGGAAUGUGCAAUAUGUCUGUCGGAGUUUGAGGAAGGAGAUAGAGUUAGGGUUUUGGAUGGAUGUAAACAUGGUUUUCAUGUCCAUUGUAUUAAGGAAUGGUUGUCUGCAACUCACUCUUCUUGUCCCAUCUGCAGAGCUAACUCUAUCACUACGCUCACAGCUGGCCGCACGUACUGAUCUCUUUUCUUUUCUUUUCUUUUUCUUUUAUAUAUGUUGGAGGUAAUCAAAUAUUAUAUAUAUAACUAUAUAUAUAUAUAACGUCAUAUCAUAAAUAACCAUAUUCGGGCUUUCUAUGGGACAUGUAAUGUUAUAAUUAGGAUUCCAAAUGUUGUUUAUUUGAAUAAAAAUAAUUGGAAUAAUCGAACUCAAG